AUGAAGGUAAAAGCUGCUGUUUUGUGGGAAGUUGGCCAGCCGAUGGAGAUUCGGGAGGUUGACCUGGAUGAACCCAAGACCGGCGAAGUGCUGGUUAAGAUCGGCUCCGCCGGUAUCUGCCGUAGCGACCGACACUUUAUGCACGGCGACGCACCAAUCGCCAUACCCGUAGUGCUGGGACACGAGGGCGCCGGCACCGUCGUCCAGACCGGCCCCGGCGUAACGCUGGCUCAGGAAGGCGACCAGGUGAUACUGUCCUUCGUGCCCGCCUGCGGACGCUGCCGCUCUUGCCUCGAAGGCCACAGCAACCUUUGCGACCUCCAUGGCGCCACCGGCGCCAACAUGCUCGACGGCACGACCCGACUCCACGCCGACGGCAAGGACAUUCACCACAUGGGCAAGGUGGCCUGCUUUGCCGAGUACGCUGUCAUCCCCGAAACCGGCGUCGUGCCCGUAACCAGCGGCCUGCCCAUGGACAAGGCCGCCAUGAUUGGCUGCUCGGUUACCACCGGCGUCGGCGCCGCCCUGUAUAGCGCGGAAAUCAAGGCCGGCAGCACUGUCGCCGUCAUCGGCUGCGGUGGCGUGGGUCUCAACGUCAUCAUGGGCGCCGCACUGGCCAACGCCGGCAAGAUUAUCGCGGUGGACAUCCGCGAAGCCCAGCUGGAGUUCGCCAUGCGCUUCGGUGCAACCCACACCGUCAACGCUGCCGAUCAGGAUCCGGUGCGGCAGGUCAGAGACCUAACCGACGGCCGCGGCGCUGACUAUACUUUCGAGGUCUUCGGCAGCGCCGACACCACCAAAGCCGCCUACGAAAUGGCCGGCAAGCGCGGCAUCGUAACCGUCGUCGGCAUCGCUCCCUGGGGACAGGAAGCCUCCAUCAACGCUGUCGACCUCGUGCGCAACGAGAAGACCCUGCGCGGCUCCUACUACGGGUCCGCCCGCUCCCGCACCGACAUGCCCGUGAUGGUCGACCUCUACCAGUCAGGCAAGCUCAAUCUGGACGACCUGGUGGUCCGACACUACACCCUCGACCAGGUCAACGAAGCCUACGCAGACCUGGACCGGGGAGAAAUCGGCCGCGGCGCCAUAAUGUUCGACUAG